AUGAGUGAUGCUAGAAUUUUAGAGAUUCUUGAGGGAAUCAGACAAGACCUUCGAGAUUUUGAAAAUCAAAGAAGAUUUGAUAAUAUAUUUUCUCAAAGUAAAAAGAUGUUUUUCUGCUUAAUAAUUGUUUAA